CAAGAUGGCUGCGCCCAUGGUGUAGACAAUGUUUUUGUGUUGCGUAAGUUUUGCAUGUUUGUUAUGAUUUGGUUCCGAUGAACGACAAAGUUCUCGUUCCACAGACGAAGUGCGCAAUAAUAAGGAACUGCAGGGGAGUACUGUGGCUGGUCUGAUUAAAAGCAGGACUAAGAAAAUGGCGUCUGCUGUUGCUUUAGUACAAGGUGCCAGCCGAGGGCUUGGUCUUCAAUUCUGUCGAAGCCUUUUACAACAACGUCCAGGAACUCAUGUCAUCGCAACUUGCCGUGAUCCACAAAGCGCUGCAGAACUCUUGAGUCUCAAGAGUGCAAAUAGCGACCGUUUAGAGAUAGAAAAGAUUGACUUAGCUCAUCCAGAAGACAUCCAAGAAGUAGCAGAAAAAGUCAAACAGAAUGGAGUAAAAAAGUUGGAUCUUCUCAUAAAUUGUGCUGGGAUGUUACACCCAUCGGGCAAAGGGGAAACAAGUCUGAGAGAUGUUACAUUGGAGGGUUUGUCUGCUACUGUAACAACCAACGCAUUUGGACCUCUACUGAUGGCUAAACACUUCGCACCAUUACUAACUAAAGGCUCUGGAGCUUAUGGAUCAAAGUCACAUCAGAAACAACAUUCAGGAAUUAUUGUGAAUGUAUCUGCAAGAGUUGGAUCAAUCUCAGAUAAUAUAGGUCUUGGUGGUUGGUACAGCUAUCGUAUGUCCAAAACAGCACUGAACAUGGCAACUAAGAACCUAAGCAUUGAGCUCGCUAGAGGGCGCUCUCCUGUUGUUUGUGUCAGCAUUCAUCCAGGCACAGUAAAUACUGAUCUAUCCCGACCAUACCACAGAAGUGUACCAAAAGAUAAGAUAUUUACUCCAGAGUAUUCUUCAGACUGUAUCCUUGGAAUUGUUGAUGGAUUAACCAUGGAUGACACGGGAAAGUUUCUUGCAUGGGAUGGUCAAAUUAUUCCACAUUAAAUUAAGUGAUGUAAUUCUAAAAUUUGUCAGUUUAUCCUACAGUAGUACAUACACAGAUGGAAGCCUCAAAAAGCCUCAAAAUAAAACAGAAUAUUUUUCACUGAAUAGCCGAUGUCAUUUUUACGUAACAAUUUAAAUUCUAUUUAUAUUAUCAGGUAUAAUAAUCUUCCUAUUUGAACUGAUUUCCAGACCCCCCUCCAGAUUAUUUAGUAAGAAAUAUAUUAAAUUAAAAUUGUUAUUGUUAUUGUAGGUAUUUGUAGGUCAGCUGUGUAUAAAAACAAAUGUUUACAUAUUUAGACGAUCAAUGAUUAUUUUCAGUUUAAUCUAUUGAUAAAAUUUAACCCUAUUUAUAUGUUAAUUACCAGACAUUGGGGGCGGGGCAAGCAUGGACAAAUACAUAAAUAUGGGAGGUUGCUUAUUGUAACAAACCAUUCAUCUGUGCAUCUUUUGGGAUCUCAAUUGGGGAGAGGGUUUUAGUUGGGAGGGGAGGGGGGUUAUUCCCUCCCCUUGUCCUCUUCUGUUUAUGCACCUGGAAAUAAGAUUUGCAUUAUACAUGUACCUGGCUCAGUCACAAGUGCAUGCUCAAGAUGCAUUCUUUAAAGGAACACGUUGCCUUGGAUCAGUCGAGUUGGUCUUUAAAAAGCAUUUGUAACCGUUUGGUAG